UGCAUGCUACAGAGUACGAUCGGCAGAAUUUGGCGAAGAUGCCGGUGACUGCAGCAGCUUCGCAAGAGGACCAGGAAAAACUCUUGGAUGAGGCCAUCCAAGUUGUGAAGUCUCAGUCAUUUCAGAUGAAACGAUGUUUGGACAAGACAAAGCUUAUGGAUGGCUUGAAACACGCAUCAAAUAUGCUAAGCGAAUUGCGAACGUCGAUGCUGUCACCAAAGAGUUACUACGAGUUGUAUAUGGCAAUAUCUGAUGAGCUGCGGCAUCUUGAACUUUUCCUUGUGGAUGAGUUCCAGAAGGGCCGCAAAGUGGCAGAUCUCUAUGAACUUGUUCAAUAUGCUGGAAACAUUGUCCCAAGAUUGUAUUUGCUAAUAACUGUUGGAGCAGUUUACAUCAAGGCCAAUGAAGCAUCUCGCAGGGAUAUUUUGAAGGACUUGGUUGAAAUGUGUAGAGGUGUUCAGCACCCUCUGAGAGGCUUGUUUCUUCGUAACUACUUGUUACAGUCAACAAGGAACAUGUUGCCAGAUACUGGAGAAGAGGAACCAGUAGCUGACUCUGAGCACCAAGAUGGCACUGUAAAGGAUUCUAUAUCCUUUGUGCUUCUAAACUUUGCUGAGAUGAAUAAACUUUGGGUUCGGAUACAGCACCAAGGCCACACCCGUGAUCGAGAGAAGAGAGAGAGAGAGCGGCAAGAGCUGCGCAUUCUUGUGGGAACUAACCUUGUCAGACUGAGUCAACUUGAUGGAGUUAAUGUUGACACUUACAAAAAAAAUGUCCUUCCAGGAGUAUUUGAGCAGAUAGUGAGUUGCAGAGAUCCAAUCGCUCAGGAAUACCUCAUGGAGUGUGUUAUUCAAGUGUUUCCGGAUGAAUUCCACCUGAGGACAUUAAGCAGUUUCCUCCAUGCUUGUGCUGAUCUUCAUGAAAGAGUGAACAUCAAGAACAUCAUCAUAUCACUCAUUGAUAGACUUGCUUUAUUUGCAAACAGAGAAGAUGGCGGAAUACCAAGUGAUUUAAGAUUGUUUGAUGUGAUGUCUGAACAGGUCUCUUCAGUUGUUCAGGCACGUGGUGAGAUGCCAACAGAAGACAUUGUUUCUCUUCAAGUAUCCCUGAUUAACCUUGCCUUAAAGUGUUACCCUGAGAGAGUGGAUUAUGUUGACAAAGUUCUACAGUACACCUCUGAGAUUUUCAGCAAACUUGAUAUCUCUCAUAUGGACAAGAACAAUGCAGUUUCAAAGGAACUGACAAGACUUCUGAAGAUCCCUGUUGAUUCCUACAGCAACAUUCUCACACUUCUUCAGCUGGAAUACUUUGCUCCAUUGUUUAAAUACUUUGAUUUCAGCUCAAGGAAAGAGAUGUCACUUUAUGUGAUUACCAAUGCUGUAGAAAGUGCAAUCACAAUCCCCACCCAAGAGCAGGUUGACUCAGUGCUGAACCUUGUCUCCACAUUGGUUUGCGACCAAGAAGACCAACCCUCUGAACAAGAUGAUCCUGAGGAUUUUAUUGAGGAACAGAGUCUAAUGGGAAAAUUUGUGACAUUGCUGAGAGGUGACAGUCCUGAUCAACAGUAUCUGAUUCUCAAUGCAGCAAGGAAACAUUUUGGAAGCGGUGGAGAGAAGAGGAUUAAGUUCACUCUACCUCCAAUUGUCUUCUCAGCAUUUCAGCUUGCCUACCAGUACAGAGAUGCACAAGACGAGGACGAUAAAUGGGACAAAAAGUGCCAGAAGAUUUUUCAAUUUUGCCAUCAGACGAUAGCAGCCCUCGCCAAAGCAGAAUACGCUGAGUUGUCUCUCAGGCUCUUCCUCCAAGGUGCACUUGUGGCUGACCAAGCGGGCUUUUCUAAUGCUGAAACAGUCGCUUAUGAAUUCAUGAGCCAGGCUUUCGCAAUAUAUGAGGAUGAAAUUAGUGAUUCAAAAGCCCAGCUGGCCGCCAUUACCUUGCUAAUCAGCACAUUCGAAAAGAUGAGCUGUUUCGGCGAGGAAAACCAUGAACCCCUGCGCACUCAGUGUGCUCUAGCUGCCUCCAAACUGCUCAAGAAACCGGAUCAGUGCAGAGCAGUUGUGGUGUGUUCACACUUGUUCUGGUCUGGAAAAAGCCGCGAAGCUGACGGAGGAGAGUGUCGAGACAGCAAGCGAGUCACAGAGUGUCUAAAGAAAGCUGUUCGAAUCGCCAAUCAAUGCAUGGACAGCACCAUUCAGGUGCAGCUGUUUGUGGAAGUACUCAAUCGCUACCUCUACUAUUUUGAACAGAAAGCAGACACGGUAACGGUUACGGUGAUAAAUCAGUUGCUGGAGAAAAUACGUGAGGACCUUCCUGGUUUAGAAGGAACAGACGAAACGGAGCUGAUAAGAAAGCACUUUGAAAGCACCGUAGCCCAUGUGCAGAUCAAGAAAGAAUCACAAGACGAAGACUCGCCUUCAUACGAAGAGAUAAAGAUAUGAAAUUUAUUGCCCAGUAGAUAAUUUUUAGUUAAAUAAGUAGUAUAACAAGUAAAAUUGAAAGAGUGCUGCCAGACAAACUGACAACAUGAUUGAUUAUAAUGGAUCUCUUAUUUAGGGGAGGCCCGAAGGACCAUCAUAAAUGUUCCAUGAAUACAGGCGUCCCUUUAUUGGACCAAAGUUAGUGUUCCUAGAGCAAGGUGUGUUUCUAGAGAGGUGCUACUAUGUGCCGUGCAGGAAUGUGGAUGAAAAUGAAAACGAG